CAGUUGAAUUGACACUUGACAGUUUGUAAAAAAAAUCAAUUUAAAUUCAAAACAGGGUCCAAAGGUUUUUGUAAACUUUUUUAUUUUUAGAUUCUACUUUCUACAUAUUUUAAUAUAAAAUAAUGUUAAGCUUACUGUGUAGAACAGCUAAUACAAUAGCUAAAAACAAUCACCAUUCAAGAUGUAUAGCCUCUCUUUCUGCACUUCCUGAAACGUACCAGAUGUUGUAUAAAACCUGUAGAGAUUUCGCAGAGCAGGAACUUAAGCCAAAUGCCGCGAACUUUGACCGAAACCACCUAUACCCUGCUGAUGCUAUUAAGAAAAUGGGUGAACUCGGUCUUAUGGCAAUAGCUACUCCUGAAGAAUUCGGAGGAACUGGACUCGAUUAUUUAGCUUAUGCCAUAGCAUUGGAGGAAAUUUCUAGAGGUUGUGCCUCAGCUGGGGUCAUCAUGUCAGUCAAUAAUUCACUUUACUUGGGACCUGUAAAUCACUGGGGCACUGAAAAACAAAAGAAAGACUUUGUGACACCUUUUUGCACUGGAGACCAAGUUGGGUGUUUUGCACUCUCGGAACCAGGAAAUGGAUCAGAUGCAGGUGCUGCGUCAACUACUGCAAAGAUUAGCGGUGACAAAUGGGUUCUUAAUGGCACCAAAUGUUGGAUUACUAAUGGCUAUGAAAGCAAAGCCACAGUUGUGUUUGCCACUACAGACAAAAGCCUAAAACACAAGGGCAUCUCUGCAUUCCUUCUUCCUAAACCUAUAAAGGGGUUGGAACUUGGUAAGAAAGAAGAUAAAUUAGGUAUCAGAGGAUCCUCUACCUGCUCCCUCAUAUUUGAGGACUGUGAGAUUCCCAAAGAUGCCAUUUUGGGUGAACCUGGUCUUGGUUUUAAAAUUGCUAUGAUGACAUUAGACGCAGGUAGAAUUGGUAUUGCAUCUCAAGCAUUAGGUAUAGCACAGGCAUCUUUAGAUGUGGCAGUUGAGUAUGCAUCCAAAAGAAUGGCAUUCGGCAAGCCUAUAAUGAAACUACAAGCGAUACAAAACAAACUGGCAGACAUGGCAGUGCAACUUGAAUCAGCCAGGCUUCUCACAUGGCGUGCUGCAUGGCUCAAAGACAACAAAAAGCCUUUUACCAAAGAGGCAGCAAUGGCUAAACUAGCAGCAUCUGAAGCGGCUACAUUUUUAUCACAUCAAUGUAUACAGAUUCUUGGUGGCAUGGGCUAUGUGUCAGACAUGCCUGCAGAAAGACACUAUCGAGAUGCUAGAAUUACAGAGAUUUAUGAAGGCACUUCAGAAAUACAGAGAUUAGUAAUUGCUGGGCAAAUCAUUAAAGAAUAUGGUGUAUAAUUCUGAAUAUUUGCUGUAUUAUAACAUAGACUGAUUUUAUAUGUUACUUAAGCUCAAAAUGUAAGAAAAAUAAUUAUUAUUCUGUACUGUAUUUACUGUAUGUACUGUAUUUUUAUACCUACUCAUAUACCUAUGCACAUAUAAUAGGCUCCAAAAGUACUGAACUGAUUUUAAAAAUUCUUUCACUGUUGGGAAGCUACAAUAUCUUUGAGUGGCAUAGGCUAUAUUUAAUCCCCAUAUUCUUUCUGGAAAGGUAACUAUGAGGGUUAAACCACAUGGCAUCUGCUAGUGUAUAAGAAAACAAUAGAUAUUUACAUUAAAUAUAAUCAAAAAUUAAGAAAUAUCAGUCACAAUUUUCCCUUCCUAAAAAUCUAGCUGAGUAAUUCAUCCAUACUAAUAAUAUAAAUGUGAAAGUGUGUGUCUGUUUGUUUGUCCGUCUUUCACGGCAAAACAGAGCGAUGAAUUGAAAUUUUUGAAGUGGAGAUAGUUGAAAGGAUGGAGAGUCACAUAAGCUACUUUUUGUCUCUUUCUAACCUCCAACUUCCCUAAAAUGGAGGGUGAAAGUUUGUAUAGAGCAUUCUGCAAUUUUCUAGGUAAAAAUUGGUAUGCAGACUAUUUGUGACAAAAAACACAUGCAUCAUUUUUUUUUUGAUAAUCCGCUCCCAACCCCUUAAUAGAGGUGAAAUGAGGUGUAGAAGUAGCAUUACAGGAUAGGGUAGGGUGGGAGUAGGGAAGGGUAAAAAAGAAACGAAUAUUACUCCAAACAAAGCUUGACCGGGUCUGAUGGGUCUGAUAGUAUUAUAUAAAAUUGAUAUAAAUCACAUGCUUAUUUUCGUAUAUAUAUAGUUAUUUAAUUCUACUCACUAAAUGUUAUUUUCUGAAAGUAAGUACCAAAUAAAACAAUAACUGUAGCCUGAAAUGUGGAAUAUAUUUUAAAAUAACUGUUAAAAAUAAACAUUAACAAUUUUUUAUAUGUAUUUCCUGUGAUAUAAUUAAAAGUUUAUCUAUUGUCAUAAACAUUGUAAAAUAAAUGCUAUAAAAAAUGGAA